AUGGACGACGCGAGGACCACCAAGCGACUGAAAGUACCAUCAUCUUCAUCAUCAGUAGGAGCAGUAACAACGUGUUGUGAUGAUGAGAGUUUUUUUACCGACAAAAAACAACACCAUACCAUUGAUGGGCUGAGGAAACAACAGCGACAACAAAAUCACGAUUGUGAUUUCCCCCAACAACAACAUCUUUUGCUUUCAGAGUACAAACUGAACGAAACCCGGACAGAAAUCGUCCUCGCGGAGACGAAAAGAGACAUCGAAAUGGCAAUCGAACGAAUCUAUCGCGAAGCGAUGAAAUUGGACCACUUUUGCGAUGGUGGUGGCGAUGUUUUUGGGAGGAAACAACAGUCUCUCGUGGUUGGAUUCGACAUGGAGUGGAAGGUCCUGUAUAAGAAAGGCGGUGGCGAAGCGAAGACGAGUUUACUACAGAUGGCGUAUUCAACCAUAGACGUUUCAACAAAGUCGUCGUCGAAAUCGAAAACGAAAAAUGUGGUCGUUUUGAUACGACUCGGGAAACGUUUGAAGUAUAAAAACCCACUCCCAUCGAAACUGCUUCGGUUUUUAGAGGACCCCGCGGUGAGGAAAGCCGGCGUGAACGCGAGAGGGGACGCGCAAAAGCUACGAAGGGAUUUUAAGGUACGCGUGAACGGAGUGGUGGAGUUGGACGCGUUGGCGAAGGCGAAGAAUGUUGUAAGCGGUGAUGGGAGGAGUAGCGGUAAAAGUGUUUCUGGGAAAGAACAGGAGAGAGAUAAUAAUAACAACGCAAGUCAGCGAUGGAGUUUAGCUCGAUUGGCAAUACGGGUGCUCAAGAAGCGAGUGCCGAAGGACGGGAACACGAGAACAUCGAAUUGGGAACGGGACGGGAAGUUGGACAAGAAGCAGUUGACGUACGCCGCGAUCGAUGCGAUGGUUGGUUUGGAUUUGUGGGUCGCGCUGAAUAAGAUGCGAGGGGAUGGGUACGAGAUGGAUCCGGUUCUGGAGGGGUUCGUCUUUCGCGGUAGGAUUUUAGAAGGCGAAUACGAUCCGGACGACGACGACGACGACGACGAAGAAGAAGAAGAUGAUGAAGUUGAAGUUGAUUACGAUGAAGAAGAAAUAGAACCAUACGCCGCGCUUCGUGAAGCGGCGCUGACGACGUUAGACAACGAGCCGACGACAUCGGGACAACCAGAACAAUCAAAAACAAAAGAACAACUCGAACUCACUCGCGGCGCGAAACGCAAGACGCCCAUUCCGGAAGACGUGGAGGAGAUUUUAAUCCAACAUCUAGGCGGUAAAGCGGUCGAGGAUAUAGCCGAAACACGCAAACUCACGUCAGCGGAUAUCUCCAAAAAGCUCACGAUUGCGUUUAAAGCCGGUCAUCCGUAUUAUUGGGAUUUGUUAGGUGUUUCCAACGAUAUUUGGUUAACGUUUUUACAAAGCCGAGAGGAAAAGGCGUUGGCGACGAUUCGAGAGCGCUUACCAAACGGCGCGGCUGACAUGCCAAAGAUUCUAUUGUGCGCCUGUCGAUUCGCAAGAGAGGUUUUACGAGAUGGGAAUCAGUUAGAAGGUGAUGAGUCCGCGGAAGACGACGACGACGAAGAAGAAGAAUCCUCUUCCGAAGAGAAUGACGAUGAGGACGACGACGCUUCCGAAGAAGAAGAAGAAGAAGAAGAAGAAGAAGAAGAAGAAGGAAAGAAGGAAUAA